AUGUCAAAAGCUGUUUAUGCAAAAAUUUGGAUGAGCACUAGAAAUUUUCAACUUAGAAGAAGAUAUGGAUGGUUUAAAGUUUGCUCUCGUUUGAGUCCAUGGCUAUAUGUAUGGUCUUUUUUUUGUGUAUCUUUACUUUUUCCAGCUUUAAAUAAUGAACAUAAAAAAUUGUUAACUUUUGGAAUAUGGAAAGAAAAUGAUGUUGGAUAUAAUAAAUGUGCUCCUCAACCAUAUGAAUAA